CUAACUUUCGAUUUCAAUUUUAUCAGGGAAAACAUGGCGUCCGUCUAAAACCUGCCUGUAGAAAUCAUUUGGUAAAUCAAAUCAAUAGAAAAGUAGUAAAAAUAGAAGUUGAAGCAUAAACGAAGGCUUUCUAAAACGUAAAAAAGUGAAAUAAAACUGGAGCUGCUCGACCAAACGUUUCGGUUUACGUGAGGAAUCAGACUGCUGUCGGUGUGUGGUUAUCUCUGCAUCAGCAUGUUGGAAGAAACAGCACCAGAAUGGCUGUCAGAGGAGGUGAAAACAGGAACAACCAUUAUUGGCAUAGAGUAUGAUGGUGGGGUCGUGUUGGGGUCUGAUUCCCGAGUGUCUGCUGGAGAGACGGUGGUGAACAGGGUGAUGAACAAACUGUCUCCCCUUCAUGACAAGAUCUACUGUGCUCUGUCAGGAUCUGCAGCAGACGCUCAGACCAUCGCUGAGAUAGUCAACUAUCAGCUGGAUGUGCACAGUAUUGAGGUUGGUGAGGACCCUCAGGUUCGCUCAGCUGCCACUCUGGUGAAGAACAUCUCAUACAAAUACAGAGAAGAGCUGUCAGCACAUCUAAUUGUUGCCGGCUGGGACAGAAGAAAUGGAGGGCAGGUGUUUGCAACUAUGAAAGGACUCCUGACACGUCAGCCGUUUGCUGUUGGCGGCUCUGGCAGCUCGUAUGUUUACGGAUUUGUUGAUGCUGAGUAUCGCAGAGGCAUGAACAAGCAGGAGUGCCAGCAGUUUGUUGUCAACACUCUCUCUUUGGCAAUGAACCGUGAUGGCUCCAGCGGCGGCGUGGCUUACAUCGUCACCAUCGAUGAACACGGCACAGAGGAGAAAGUGAUUCUAGGAAAUCAGUUACCCACCUUCUUUGACCAAUAGCACAUAAGUUGUCCUCACAGAAGCUGUGGCUCACAGUUUUGGCACAACUGUCAAUUAACUCAGCCUGUGAUGAAACAAUUAAGGAGCGGUAUACCUUAAUAAUAAGUUGCUGCAUAUCUCACUAAUAUCCAAAGGUAUUUCAAGUUUAUGUCAACAAACCUUUGUGUAAAUGAAAGUCCGUCUUUACAGUUGAUUACAUUUUUGUUUCAU